AUGGAAGCCAUGAAUCAUUACAACCAUCUACCACUCAACAUCGCCGUCACCACUCACCGUCAGGUGGUUCCGAUCACAUUGUUCGUCGCCGUCCUCUGUCUCUGUUUAGUAAUCGGACACUUACUGGACGAAAAUCGAUGGGUUAACGAAUCCAUCACCGCUAUCAUCAUUGGAUGUAUUGUUGGAACGAUCAUCUUAAUCGUAAGUAAGUGGAAAAGCUCUCGUCUGCUCAGAUUCGAUGAAGAACUGUUCUUCAUUUAUCUUCUUCCACCAAUAAUCUUCAACGCAGGGUUUCAGGUGAAGAAGAAACAGUUUUUCCACAACUUUUUUCCGAUCAUGUUGUUCGGAGUUGCUGGUGUUUUCAUAUCAACAUCUAUCGUUGCCGCCGGUUGCCGUUGGCUGUUUCCAAAAUUCGGGCUCGAUGGCUUGACCAUGAGCGAGUAUCUUAGUAUAGGGACCAUUUUCUCAUCUACAGAUACUGUAUGUACAUUACAGGUUUUGCAUCAAGACGAGACUCCAUUGCUAUACAGCUUGGUUUUCGGCGAAGGGGUCGUGAACGAUGCGACAUCGGUCGUUCUUUUCAACGCGGUUCGAAAGCUCAAUGCGAAUACAUUUCGUGGCAAGGCUGUUCUCCACAUCUUACUAGAUUUCUUGUAUUUAUUCUCUACAAGCACUGUUCUUGGAGUUGCCGCGGGUCUUGUGACUUCUUACAUUCUUAGAGGCUUGGGCUUCGGAAGACAUUCGAGUGUUCGUGAAAUUUCUUUGAUGAUUCUAGUAGCGUAUUUGUCGUACAUAUUGGCGGAGGUAAUUAACGAUGCAAAACCAAACACCAAAACCAUCGGACCAAUUUCUAUUUCCGGUUUUAUGUCAUCAAGGGUCGGUUUCCUUUGCUUUCUGCAGCUAUUUGAACUCAGCGGCAUUCUGACGGUCUUCUUUGCUGGAGUUCUGAUGUCACAUUAUGCAUGGCAUAACGUUACCGAAAGCUCCAGAAUCACAACCAGGCAUACUUUUGCAGCAAUGUCUUUUAUUGCAGAAACAUUCAUAUUCCUCUAUGUUGGAAUGGAUGCUCUAGACUAUGAGAAUUGGAAAUUGAGCAUAUUAAGUUUUUGGAAGUCGAUAGGCGUAUACAGCACCGUGAUGUUCUUGAUAUUGCUUGGACGCGCUGCUUUUGUGUUUCCCCUUUCGGUUAUAUCUAAUUACAUGCAUAGAGGCGAGGCGGGUUCAUCAAAGAUCACCGGAAAACACCAGGUAGUAAUAUGGUGGGCUGGUCUGAUGAGGGGUGCGGUCUCCGUGGCUUUGGCAUUCAAACAGUUUACGCUCUCUGGAGUGACACUGGAUCCAACCAAUGCCACGAUGAUCACCACUACGAUUGUGAUUGUGUUAUUCAGUACCAUCGUGUUCGGUCUCUUGACAAAACCGCUUAUUAGUUAUCUUCUUCCUAAUAACGUAACUAUGUGUGGUGUCCCCCGUCGAACUACAUCUCCCAAAGAGGAAAUGACGCUUCCGUUGCUUUCUUUCGAAGAAUCGGCUUCUGAAAAUCUCUCUAGGGCAAAGGAGAACAUAUCGAUGUUAAUGGAAAGGCCCGUUUACACGAUCCACUCCUACUGGCGGAGGUUUGAUGAUACUUACAUGCGACCUAUAUUUGGUGGGGCUCGUAGCAAUGAUUCUUCGAGCUAGAAAACCGAAAAUAAAGCGCAUCGUCAUAAAUACGAGAUGAAAUAAAAGACGGAAAACCGAUCUACCAGAAAAAG